AUGGGCUUGCUUUCGUACAUGAAGCCCAAGAAGGGCAAGAAGGAAGAGCCUGAACAUGCUCAACCUGAGAUGUCCGAGAAGGAAGAAGCUCCAGCAGGUACCGCUGCUACAACACCCGGCACUGCAACUCCAGGAUGGUCUCGACCAGCCUCGCUCUACCCAGUGGGCGACUUCCGAAACUCUCAGGCCGACGACAUCAAUGAGAUCAAGUGCGAUGUCAUGGUCAACUGGCUCUACCAACAGCAAAUGGAGAGACUGUGGACUGCUGGUGGCAUUGACGAGGGUGUGGUUUUGAAGAAGUCCCGAGGACAGUACACUUGCUGCCCCGGCGACAUUAUUGAGGAGCCCUACGGCUUCUACAGAGCCAUUGAGACGCUGAACGUCCGAGUUGCAAUGACGGUCAACACCCGUGUGAUCAAGCUCUUCCUCCACAACAACGAGCGCCCAUACGUUCCUCUCAAGAACGGUCUCCGCCUUCAAGUCCUCCCUGACAUCUCCUACCUCCCACGUUGCCAGAAGCAUCAGUUCGCUGCAUUCAUUGCCGAUCGUGGUCUCUUGGUCGUCUGGGACGAUGAGCCUCGUCACCUACUCGACCGUGCACACAAGAUUGAGAAGUCGCUCAUGGAGAUGAUCUGGGACGACCAGAGUGAAGAGGGAGACGAAAAGAAAGAAGGCAGCGUUGCUGUCCAGGAGGUGUCAGACGAUGACGACUUCGUUGAGCGCGGUGCCGUCGAACAACCCCGAAAAAUCAUCCUCUGGCAAGCCAUCCUCUCUGGCCUCACCAUGUGCCUUACCUUCUUCUGCAUUGGUACCGGUUUCCAGAAGAUCGCCAUUGAGACUCUGGUCGACAAGAACUACAUUCGAUGCGCCUUCAUCUUCGUCGUGCCCCUGCAGAUGUGGCUGGCCCUGUUCUUCUUCCAGUCGAUCGUCGGCAACCUCGCUCAGCUCAUUGGACCCAUCUCGCAAAUGAACGAGAAUACGAAGUUCUACUCCGGUCUCAAACCACGCCGCCUGCGAAGAGGCGCUGGCCAGCUCCCUCACGUCACCAUUCAAAUGCCAGUCUACAAGGAAGGUCUUCACGCUGUCAUUGAGCCUACUGUUCGCUCUCUUAAGGCUGCCAUCUCCACUUAUGAAAUGCAAGGUGGAACUGCCAACAUCUUUGUCAACGACGAUGGUAUGCAGUUGAUUUCUGAAGAUGACGCCCGGGGUCGCCAAGAUUUCUACGAUGAGCACAACAUCGGCUGGGUUGCUCGUCCCAAACACAACCCGAAGCCAGCUGAGGGCGAGGAGGUUUUCCAACGAAGAGGAAAGUUCAAGAAGGCCUCGAACAUGAACUACGCUCUCUGGGUCAGCAACCGUGUCGAAGAAAUGCUGGAGACGCUCGAGCGCCACCAGGGCUGGACUCAAGAGGACGAAGCACAUGCCUACCGCGAUGCUCUGGCCGCCGUCGUUGAGGCCGACGAAGGCCGUACCUGGGCUGAUGGCAACAUCCGUAUGGGUGACUACAUCCUUCUGAUCGACUCUGACACUCGUGUGCCUACCGACUGCUUCCUCGACGCUGUGUCUGAAAUGGAGCAAUCCCCACAAGUCGCGAUCAUCCAGUACUCGUCCGGUGUCAUGAACGUUACCGACUCCUUCUUCGAGCGUGGUAUCACUUUCUUCACUCACCUCAUUUACACCGCUAUCAGAUUCGCCGUGGCCAACGGUGACGUGGCCCCCUUCGUCGGCCACAACGCUGUCCUCCGCUGGUCUGCGGUGCAAGCCAUCGGCUACGACUGCAAGCUCGACGAGCGCGAGAAGUUUUGGUCCGAGGACACGGUUUCCGAAGAUUUCGACAUGGCCCUCCGUCUCCAGACCGUUGGCUACGUCGUCCGUCUGGGCGGCUACACCGGCGACGGCUUCCAGGAAGGUGUCUCCCUCACCGUCUACGACGAAUUGGCUCGAUGGGAAAAGUACGCCUACGGCUGCUCAGAGCUCAUCUUCCAGCCCUUCCGCUACUGGUUCACUCGUGGUCCCUUCACCAAACUCUUCCUACGCUUCCUCGGCUCCCGCAUGCCCCUGCCUUCCAAGUUCACUAUCAUGGCCUACGUCGGUACCUACUUCGCUUUAGGCUCCGCCUGGCUCUUCACGCUGGCAAACUACUUCCUUAUGGGCUGGUACAACGGUGCGCUGGACCACUACUAUAUGGACAGUUUCAAGAUCUACUUCGCCAUCAUCAUCAUCUUCUCCGGGCUCGGCAACCUCGCCCUCGCAGUCUUGCGCUACCGCAUCGGCGAAGGCACACUGUUCGGCUGCAUAAUUGAGAACUUCUCGUGGGUGCCGCUUCUCACCAUCUUCCUCGGCGGUGUCUCCUUGCACGUCUCGCAAGCUAUCCUCUCCCAUCUCUGCAGCAUCGACAUGUCGUGGGGUGCCACGAGCAAGGAAGCCGAGAACACGACCUUCUUCAAGGAAAUUCCCAAGGUGCUCAAGAACUUCAAGGGGACGUUCAUUUUCUGUGCGUUCUGCACCGUCAUGAUGAUUGCGUUGGCCGUGUUCGCGCCCGCGUUCUGGAAGAUUGAUACGUUUGUGGCGAUUUACCCUCUGUGCUCGAUUGUGGUGGGACAUUUCGGACUGCCGGUGCUUCUUAACCCGGGUCUGAUGAGAUUCACUUGGUAG